AGAGUCUUUUACUACAAAUAAAGCAUAUCAUGUCCAAACUUAGCUUCUUCGUCGUUGCCUUGGUGGUCGCAAUGGCCCAGGCUUUUGUCCCUGCUUCUCAAAUUCGAACCCCGGCUACCUUUGUCGCCAAGGAAACUUCGGCUUUCGCGUUGAACAUGGCGGAAGAUACGUACUGGGAGGGUGAAUACCCGCCGUCCAAGGUCCUGGGACCCAUCAUGUCCAAGAUGCCUUCGGGCCUUUUGGGUAUGCUCUCCCUUGUCUUCCUCGGCGGAUGCGCUUAUUCAAUUGCCAUGAGCAACGUUCUCGUGCAGGUGCCGGGGGCCGUCGAAAAUGGUAGCUGGGUCAAGUGGUACUAUGUCGCUGGAUCCUUCGGAGGUCCGUUGGCCUGGGGAACCCACGUCGCCGCCUGGAUCCAGCACACCGUUGGACGACUCUCCAGAGCAUUCCUUGCCACGAUCCAGGACAUACACAGUGCGCGGCAUGGUCUAUACCGCUCACCUUCGCAGUGCGGUCCCCGUCCACUCCAGGAUCAGAAGCUCUCACAAAAAAGUUCUCCGACUUGCCGAGAAUCGUCCGCACAAAACAAUUCAACAAUGGUCCGUCUUUUAAACGCUGCUCGCUGGGGAGCCUCUUGGAGCGUCGUCGUCGUUCUCUUGCUGGGACAAGUCUCGGCUGAUCGGCGCACACUCCUCCGUAUUGAGCAUGCCCAGACUCCUGCUACCGGAAAUCGUGUAACUUCAAUGGAGUUUGGCCGCCGCGUGACGGCUGUGAAAGAGGCUCCUGCCAACGAUAUAGAAAUGGCCUUUCGCGAACUUGCCGAGUCGGAUGCGUUUUCCAGUUUCAGCGUUCCUUCUAUGUCUAUGAGUAUGCCACGGGCGUUCAGUUUGGACUAUGGCUUGCCCCCCACUUUGCCGCCUUCUCUCUCAACGAUACAGAUCAAUUCCGUCGCGCCGAAGUUGCUGGUGAUUGGGGCUUCGGAGGCUGCGAUGGCCAGCCCGACUUCUAGCGCCGGUGUUGCCGCGUCUAUUGGUGCCCGGGAUGAGCCCAUGGUCCCCUCUCAAAGUUCUUAUACCCAAGGUGCCUCCAUUGCUGUGGUUGGUGCCUUUUUGGCUUUGGUUGUCGGAGCUGUGGUGUACCGUCGUCGCCGUGCUUCCCGAAGUUCCUACGGUUUUCUCGUUGAGGGCACUAGUAGCCCGGCAUCUACCGUUGCUUUCUUUGAUUAG